CGGGAAAGCAGUGCAAAAAAUGUUCCCAUCGUGGUGUGUUGGCUGUCGCCGGACGGCAUUUCUCCUGACACGGUGUUUUCGACAGCAGAAGGUACUUCGGGUUUCAGUUUCGUCAACGAAAGCAAUCGCGUGUGCGACACAUUUCCGUAACUCGUUUCUCAGCGAAAAGUUGUCAAUUCAGUGCUCGUCGGGUUGUGUUUAUCCCGGUAGCUUUCAACUUGUUCGACCAUUUAAAUCCACGACAGCAGCCACGGGAAGUUCCUGCAUCGCAAUGACCGGCGUUGGCAAAUACCAGAUCGUCGAACGGGGCGCUCCAAAUUCGACAGAUUAUCGGCUUUUCUUCAAAACUGAUGACGGCCAGGCUGUAUCUCCCCUGCACGACAUUCCCCUGUACGCCAACGAUGUGAAGACGGUGCUAAACAUGGUCGUUGAGGUACCCCGCUGGACCAACGCCAAGAUGGAGAUCAGUCUCGGCGAAGGUUUGAAUCCCAUCAAACAGGACGUCAAGAAGGGCAAACUGCGGUUCGUUGCUAACUGCUUUCCGCAUCACGGGUACAUCUGGAAUUAUGGAGCCUUCCCGCAGACGUGGGAAAACCCAGACCAUCUGGAUCCGAACACCGGUUGCAAGGGAGACAACGAUCCGAUCGAUGUGCUGGAGAUCGGAUCACGGGUGGCCAAACGAGGCGAUGUGGUACAGGUUAAGAUUCUCGGAACGGUCGCACUAAUCGAUGAGGGUGAAACGGACUGGAAAAUCAUUACGAUUGAUGUGAGUGAUCCGGUUGCCGAGCAGCUUCACGAUAUCGGUGACGUGGAAAAGGUAUUUCCUGGUCUGCUGAAGGCUACCAUCGAGUGGUUUAAGAUCUACAAGAUUCCUGAUGGUAAACCGGAAAACCAGUUCGCCUUCAACGGUGAAGCAAAAGAUGCGGCUUUCGCCACCAAGGUAGUAGAAGAAACUCACCGAUUCUGGCGAGCGUUGGUCAACAAGGAGAUUGAGGGAACCGGCAUUUCAUGUUUGAACACUACUGUUGAGGGAUCUCCAUACCUUGUUGCCGCUGAUACUGGUAUCGAAGUACUCGCCAAAAGUUCGACCGGUGGAGCAUCGCAGCCUUACAAUGAUAGCAUUCACAAAUGGCACUUUCGCGACGAGAAUGCCUACUCCAAGCUGUAGUUCAACACUUUCAACGAGGCCACCAUGUAGUCAAGUAGUUACUUCCUCUGGCGAACAAGGGAUCAAAACUGCAUUUUUUGUUGCUUAAUACUUGUUUCACGCAGUAGAUUUAUAUUUAUUAUUUAGUUACAUACUUUAAACAUAAUUCCAAGUUGCAAUGGUUUAAUUUUCCAUAUUUAAGCAUAAUGCCAAUUUCCAAUGGUUUAAUUUUUCAUCUAGUAGUCAAUAGGUUAGAUUGAAUAAAGUAAAACAAAUAUAACGACCGUUAACACCAAUCAGGAGUGGUACGGGUCCGA